UUGCCGUUAGAGGGCGCGCUCACUCAAAGCAGCAGAUAUGGCGACGAGGAUUGCAUUGUUAAACGCCAAAAGAAAUCAAAACAAGGAGAAUGUCCGAUGUCAGAAAUGCUUGGAGAUGGGUCACUGGACAUACGAGUGUACCGGAAAGAGGAAGUAUGUGCAUCGGCCGUCAAGGAUAUCAACACUCAACAAGAAGCUGAAACAGAAGCAGAAAGAAGAUGAACAAGGGGCCAAAAGGCUAGAGAAUUCUAGGAGUGACAGUAGCUCUGAUGAUGAAAGCGACGAGACUUCCUCAGGAACCAUCGAUUCUGAUUCUUCUUCCACGAUCAGCUCCGAAGACGAAUCAAGCGACGACGACCUCAGCUCCAAAGAGGAUUCCGAUUUCGACUCGUCCGGUACUAGCGACUCGGAUUCAGACAGCAGCGAUGAUAGCGUGCCUCGGAAAAAGCGCAAACGGUGAAAGGAUGCAAGUGGGAUGCAGCAACGUUUGCAGCAUUGCCGAACUGCCUCUGAUGGCAAUUGGACAAGAUUGAUAUUCAUCAACACUAUAUCAAUAGGCUGGAUCGGAAUUCGGCCAAGAAACUUUUGCACAGGGCUGCGUUGUUCCCGCUCAGAGCACCGAAAGCAUUUGGGUACUCUGCCGUUGAAGCCAAUGAUUACAUUCGCUUUGGUGCAAUAUUUUAGAAGAUCAAGCAAUUUUUGUAUACCAGGGACCCUUUGCCGUGUUUCCGUCUUUUGAAUGUAUUUUGAUAUUAUUGUAUAGUAAGUUGAAUUUUCAAUUUGAAUCAAUAUUAUAAUGAAUGUGUCCACAUUACAUGGAUAUGCCAUUUCAUGUAAUGUCAUUGUAAACAAUGUAAUUAUGGGGGCAACCGACAAGUCUGCUGGGACUGGGGCCCGGCUUGGGGUUGGUGCUUAGGAAGUUUGGUUAGUAACACAAAUUGAUGAAGAAAUGCAAGUGAAUAAGCUGAAGUCAAAAUUGUCUCUUUUGACAAGAGAUAUGAGUUAUUUUGGAAAUUAAUUUCAUGAAUCAUCCAUUGCAAAACACAUUCAUAAAUAUCCCAACACGAUAAUCGUGUUUAUAUUAUAAUUCAAAUAAUUGAAAAGAAAUUCAACAGACAUUGCUACCAAAAUUGUUGUCUCGACACAGGAGGCAGUAAUAUUGUCCAUGCAGAAAUAAUUACUGUAUGGCCACUUUUAAAAAGGGACAAUGUAUUUGAUUUAAAUGCAGAUUUCAGUCAAUAAUUAUUCAUGUACUCAAAUUUUGAUUUAAACGUUUCUAUUUUGAUCUUGUCAUACCCCUAGGGCCCCAAUGCAUGAUAACAAUGCUCAACAGCUAAUUGAAAAUUAAGGAUUUCAUGGAAAUUAUUCAAGUUAGCAUAGCAUAGCUGAUUAGCUGAUAAACUUUUAUGCUAUUGCUAACAUUCAAAAUUAUUGAAAAAAUCUAUUAAAAUAACCAACCCGCUAAAAGUUACCAGGCAUGUCUACAGAUCCCCCCAUCCAUUCCAUAUACAUUUUACCAUGUAAACAUGAAUAUUUUUCAAAGGAAAGCUCUAUACAACCUUUUGAUUUGAUUUUUUAUGUGUAUAAUCAUAUAUUUCACACAUAUAUACUACCAAAAGGGUAAAAUUUUAUAUAAUCAUAUUACAUUUUUUUUUCUUUUUUGGAGGGGUGGGGGGGGGGGGGGGGUAGACAAAAAAAAAAUGAUAUUGAAUAGAAAUACAUUGUAGCAGUAGAAAAGAUGAAAUGAUAAUUGGGUACCCGAUCAAAAUAAAAUGUCAUGCACUUUUUCUCCUUUUUAUAUGAUACAUAAUUUUCUGUGAUGAGGAAUCAAUUGAUAUGAAUUGCAAUUGUAAUAAACACCAUAAUUAGCAUAAUAAUAUGCAAUAGGGAUAUAUGUGGACCUCUGUGUAUAUCCAUAAAGGCUGAAAAACAUAUUUGUAAGUCAAGUUCUCAAGGGUUUUCUAUGACGAGGAAUUUAUUGCAGUCAUCAUGAAUGGCAUAACUGGCACACUGAGCCAACAAGCAUUUGUAUGGACUUCUUUGUCAUUGUAUAUCUCCCCAAAUUGAAUAAUACAACUCUAAUCGGGCGUUCUAUAAGGAUUAAUUUAUUCAUCACAUCAGAUUAUAGCACUUUUACCUGAUGCAAUUUUCCUCAAAGUAACAGAAUGAGCUAACACGUUAUGUUGACUUAAUCUCAAGAAUCAUGCCUUCAAAAAUCAAACCAAGAUCUGGCAUAAGAAAUGAAAAAAAACGUAAUUAUUUUUUAAUAUUGUAUACAUCUUAAAUUUUUUAAUAGUCAUCACCCAUUGGUCUGAUUGGCUGCCUGUUGGGGAGCUGGUGUCCUCAUUUGCUAGAGCUCCUGUGAGUAGUGAGCUGACCGGGCUUGUCCCUUAAAUUGUCGGUGAACGGAGCAGCAAGCAUGAGGGCACCGGGCUCAACAGGAUGUAGCUAAGAAUUCCGAGAAGUGAUGCAAAUAUACAAUCAAAUGCGUUUAACUUUUGCAUGACAGAAUUUUUAGGUUAUGAAGUUUAAGUUGUAGAUUUGUUUAUAUUUGUAGCUUGUUAAAGAAAAGAAAUUUUGCUGAGCCAUUGGAUGAGCAAGCUUUGAUGGUACAAUAUGUGCGUUCUAUAAAUCUACACUAUUAUCAUUAUAUAUUUUUUUGUUUAUCUAGAAGGAAUGAAAAAAAUAAGAAAUAUACAUGCCAGAUAUACAUGAGAAUAAACUGUCAAGUUAAAGUAAAAUUUACAUCUGUCAUUUAUAAAUGAAAUCCUUGUCAGUGAAAGUUGUAUUUUUCAAGAUUUUUUUAAAAGCAAUGACAAGAAGUCCACAUACAUGUACUUAUGCUAUUCAUCAUUAAAUUAACUAUUACAUAUAUUACAUAUAAAUGAAGUCCUUGUUAGAGAAAUCACCAGAGGAGCUGUAUCAUUUAUGUUUUAGGAUUGGUGGUGAUUGCAUUUAAUAUUUACAUUCAUAAAUUAAUUCCUCAUCAGAGAAAGGCUUAGGAGAGCAGUGUUUUUCCUGAAUUUAAAACCUCAUAAUGUGUACAAAUUCUAUUCAUGAUAAAAAUCUUAAUGAUGACACCGCAAAACCGAUCAAUAUCCAAAUAUUUGCAUUUAUUCUUGACUGAGGUGUAGUAGACUCUACAGAGAUUGCAGAUAUUGUACAAUCCCCGUGUGUGGAUUGCAUGGUGCUGCUACGAUGUUUUUUCAGGGCUAUUAUCUUAAGUGUUUGAAAAUUUGUCUGAGUCUGCACUGAACAAAAUCAUGGACCGUACUGUACAAUGAUUUUGAAUCUGUAUUAUCAUCAUACGAUCAUUGUGUAUCGCCCUCAGGAAGUUGUAUGAUUUACAGGGAUGCAAUCACCCUACGAGCACCUUAUUGUGACCAUUGACCGAAUAUAUAUGUCAUGAAUAUCAGAUAAGAAAGGGUGAGGUAAUUUGUUACAGGGGGCAUUUCUUUAUUGCAGCACAAGUGGGACAAUUAUAAAGGGCAUCAAAAGUAUCCCAGAGAUAAUGAUAAAGCUGCCAAGUAGUACUGAAAUUUCACUAUUUAGUACUAAAAAGUGAGGAGAAUACUGGAAAAUAUUGAUUUCUAAAAUUCAAGUUUUAUGAGUUGUCCUAGGAUGGUAUUUCUUUGAAAAUACUUUUAUUACCAAAAGAAUGAUUUAAGCUUUUAAAAUACUGAAAUAUUCUUCUUAAGGUUGGCAGUUUAGCUUUUUUUUUGGGGGGGGGAGGGGGGGGGUGGGGUAUUCAGGCCAGUCAAUUGAGCAUCCACAUCUUCCCCCUCACGAUCUUGGGUUAUUACAUUAAUAAGGUUUAAUAAAAAGGAAAAGUGGUUAAUAUUUCAAGGUCGCAGAGUCAAUACUCUAACUAUAUUGCAUUGUGUAAUGCAGUCAAGACCUGCCAAGGUUUCUCCACUUGUUUUAUAUUAAAUACAGGAGAUUUUUGUCAUGUAAAUCAAAUUGAAUGAACUAUAAAUGUCGGUUAAGACCUUCUGGCCCGUUUUCUGAAUUCUGGUUUAGUUUUAUAUAAACCCUUGUCCAAACUUGUAUUUUAAAUAUGACACAUUCUGACACUUGCUCUAUAACAGUAGAGGUUCAAUCCUGAAUACAUUUGGUGCCCAAAUCCAUGAUUUUCUGGGAAUAAAUAUUUCUUCACCAUUAAUUUUUAUGAGGAAUGAAUACAAUUUAAAAAGAAAUAUUCAAUGUAAACAAAAUUUUGUAAUUUUUGGCUUCAUGUUAUUUCAGUACCGAGUUCAAUAGACCAAGGUCAAACUCGACUUCAGAAUAUGGGCCAAUGUCAAUUUGUCCAAAAUAUGUUCAUUAUCAUAUACACAUGUAUACAUGUGACUUUUUAUGCAUUUGCUGCUCAUGAACCCAUUUCUUUUCUGUGAUUUAUGAUAAUUGUAAGGAGCAGGUCCAAGCUAUUAUUAUUUUGCUGACAGUUCAAAGCAUCUGAUUUUCAAUUAUAUUAAUGGAUGCAUACUAUGUAGGUGGCACUAGGAGUAUUAAGCAAGAACAAUUUGUGUGUAAGGUUGGAAAUGAUUUGCAAGUAUUGUCCGGCUUAGAUUUAAGAUGGUGUGGUAAUAAGGCUUAAUAGAUAAUUGUAGAGUUAACUCUAAUAGUCCUGGGGUUGGGUUUCCCAUAAUGGCUCUCUGAAUAUUUUUAGUGAUAUUUAUCUGUAACUUUAAAGGACUGCGCCAUGCCGUUUGGUGACUAUUUCCUUUCAAGUGUCAAAUUCAUAUUUUUCAAAAAGAAAAGGGCAAUCUACACAUACGAAUUAUGGAAAAAAAAACAAUUAAGUACAUAAGAAAUCGAUUUAAUAACAGAAUCUUUUUCAAGUACAAUUGUUCAGAAUGCUAUUAUGAAUAAUUUUAAAAACUCAAACAUUUGGCACUAUAGGAGCUUUAAUAUUAAGUGACCUGAAGCAAAAAAAGAAUGAUUCAUGCCAAAAUUAGUUAAUUCAUUCAUGUAAACAAAUAUAGAGAUUGAGAGAAAUUUAGCUACGCAAUCGCAUAAUUUAUGUCAUUUUUCUACCAUCAUGCAAAUUUUGUUGUGAUUCCACAAUCUGUGGUUGAGAUCUGACUAGGGGCAUAAUGGCCCAACCGGACAAAACUCAAAAUACCCCAGGAUUAUUAAGGUUGGUUUUGCCACUUUUUCUUGAUGAAGUUAGUACUGUAAAAGUUGAAAUUUCUUGCACGAUUAAUUUUUUUGCGCUUCUAAUUUUGCGGUCAUCACCUGAUGCACUUGAACAUUAUAUAGUACGUGUACACUGGACUAGCGUCUGAUACAUGUGUGAUGGAUAAGCACAUACAAAGUGUGUUACGUGCACUAAAGAUAAGGGGAAAAGUACAUGUACAAUACACCCAACACUUCAGGAGAAGGUUUUUCUUGCGCAUUUCGCUUACGCAUUUUGGCAUUAUAUUUAUUCAUUUUUGUUUUUGCGCCUUACAUGUUUCGUGCAAAAUUUUCCACUUUUACAGUAUCUGUGUUGACUAAUUCUGCAAAAGUGAAUCCAAAGGUUUUCCAGAGUUUUUGCCAAUUGAGUUUUGUCUCCGGUUUUUUACCCUGGACCUACUUGUCGUCGAAUUGUUUGACACAGAUACCUCCCCCCC